UAGUGGGGUGUUGCAUUCUAUUAAUGCCAUAAUAAAAUUUUGCUGUUAUUGGAGUGAGUCGAUUGAAAACAUGAAAAAUUUUAGGCCAAAUCUUGGUGUAAAGUUCCUUCAAAUGGGUAAUUUUCGGUGGUAACUGUUUUGGCGGUUCGGUGGACAAUUCAACUUAAGUCCUUUUUUUCCGCUUGGAUUUCUAUUUAGAAAUCAACAUGUUUUGCUUUAAACAGGUAUAUUUCGUGAAAAAUGCCCGUUUGUUGAUUUCCACGUGUUCAUUGCAUAUUUAAGGCUGGCGGUCCCUAAUUUUGUCUCCAUAAUACAAUUUGAUAAAAUCUGGGCUGAGUUCAGCCUUUGCAAAAGCAAAAUGCAAGUUGACGAUCCCCCGUAUUUAUCAGUUGGGACUGCAGUCAGUGCUAAAUACAAGGGGGCGUUUUGUGAAGCUAAAGUCAGUAGGGUAGUUCGAAUGGUAAAAUGUAAAGUUACAUACAAGAUGGGAUUGGGUAUGGCUACCAUUAAUGAUAAUGAUAUCAAAGGAGCUCUCAGAGUAGGGCAGGUGGUUCAAGCUAAACAUCCAGAUCGGAAAGAAUAUGUUGAAGCCACAGUUACUAAAAUACAAGAUUGUAGUCAAUACACAGUAGUAUUUGAUGAUGGGGACAUAACCACUCUCCGGAGAACAGCCUUAUGUUUAAAAAGUGGUAGGCACUUUAAUGAAAGUGAAACCCUGGACCAAUUACCUUUAACUCAUCCUGAGCAUUUUGGCAAUCCAGUAGUGGGUGGUCGGAGAGGCAGAAGAAAUAGACAUCUAAAAGAUGACAGCAGUGACGAAGAAUUCCAAGAGGAAAAUAACCCCGAUCUCGAAGGUUAUUCCCAUGAUAUUGGAAAGGUGGUGAGUAUUGAAACUUCAGAAAAGAAAAGAGGCAAGGACAGUUGGUUUCCUGGAGUUGUGGUUGUUCCAUCACCCCAGCUUACCGUAAGGGUGAAUAUUAAGGAUGAAUAUUUAAUUAGAUCAUUUAAAGAUGGACGAUAUUAUACAGUUCCCAAAAAGGAAGUGUCAGAAUUUAAUAGGGAAGUAGCUCAAAAAGCAGAGAACCCAGCCCUAAUGGAAGCUGUCCAGAAGGCAAUACGAUUUUUGGAUUACAAUGAUUUGCCCUUGCAUUGGGAUAAAACCUCGUUAUUCAAUACCCCUGACAGUUUUAAUGAAGAUAAUGCAUCAGAUACAUCCGACGAUGAACCCAGUGAAGAAAAGGACAGGUUCGUCGCUCAACUCUACAAGUUCAUGGAUGAUUCAGGUACACCGAUGAACAAAACCCCGUCAGUGUCUAACAGAGACAUCGAUCUUCACCGGCUUUUCCGAUUGGUUCAAAAAAUGGGCGGUUACAAUCGCGUAACUAAUCACAACAAGUGGCGGCUGGUGACUGAAAAAUUGAAAAUGCCCAACAGUCAAAAUGUUGCCAGUCAAGUAAAGUUGAUAUACAAGAAAUGUCUGCAGAGUUAUGAAACGUUCUAUCGGGCGUUGGGAGUAACUAUGCACAACCCUGUAAGAUCAACCAAAAAAUCCGUUAGUGCAGGACGUAGCCUGAUUCGAGACAAAGAUAGAAGCACACCUGUGAACAGUCCAAAGCCCGAAAAGGAGGAGGAAUUUGUCGAUAAGCUUGAAGAAAGAAAAGAAGCUCCAACUGAGAAAAUUGAUCCAAGAGUCAAAAAGAAAACUGAUGUAAAGGAGAAGAGAGCAAGAGGUGAUGAUACAAGCGACACUAACGGGGAUACCGAUACGUCGGAGUUGAACCCAGAGAAUUUAACUAGUCGGCCAAAAAGGAAAGACAGGAAAUCGAGCAAGGAUAAAAAAGGCAAACCCAUUGAAGUGCCGAAACAGUUAUUGAACAAAGUUGUGGAGGAGGCGGAUAAAAAGGAAGAAAAAGUGCAGCAGACUAGAUCAAGAUCCAAGGAACUGAAAGAUCCUCCAAAAUUGAUUAAAGAGGGCACUCCAAAAACGAUUGCCAAAGCAACCAAGAAGCUUUCUAGUAAAGAGGAUGAUAAAAAGACCAAAAGUAAAAAAAAACUGUCUGGUGAGUCGUCCUCAGAUAACGCCACAACCACCGAUAGCCUGUCUUGCCAUAUUAACAUUGGGGACAAAUUGAGUGUGUAUUACGGGCCUACCAAUGAAUCUAAAGUGACUUACGAGGCCAAAGUGGUGGAUAUUGAUAAAGAUCAGACCGGCACUAUUUAUUUGGUACACUAUACAGGAUGGAACACAAGAUAUGACGAAUGGAUACCGACUACUAGAGUAGCUGAAAACUUGAGCGCCAACACUAAAGCAAAGAAGAGUAAAUCUUGCACACCCUCGAUAAGCAGUAAAACAAUUCCAGUGGCCACCUCGUCCAAAGUUACCGCCUCCAAAAGGGCGAGAGGCGGUUCCGUAUCCAGUCGACUAGCCUCAGACCAAACCCCAAGGUCUAGCAGUCCAGCUAGUGUCACCUCUUCAAGCAGUCGAACAAAAAGUCCUGCCGUGCCCAUGACUAGGUCCAAUAGAUUGGCAGCGAAACAAGAUUUUGGGAAGAGACGGAUAUCUGCUCAAACAGACAUAUCAGUACAAUCGGACAGCGAGAGUGACAUAUCUGAGAAUGAGAUGGAAUUGCCACGCACAAGAAGUGGUAGCAUUAAGACUGAAGAUACAUACAAAAACAGAAUUAAGCCAUUAUUGCCAAAAACUGAGAAGAAAAAGGAGCCUGUUAAAGGUGUCGAAGAUGCAGAAAAAGAAGAGGGGGCAGAGGUUCUUCCAAAGAAGGUAAAGAGAAUGAAAAAAACCGACAAAUCUCCCGAUGAGAGCGAGGAAGAUAGUCUAACCCAUCCCAAGGGCCGCGACUUUGAUUUGAAUCAAAUCCGAUCAGAGCUCAAGGGUUUCACCAAAGUGCUAAAAGUGUCGAGUGGAGAAAACUCUGAAAAAGAAAGCUUAGAGUCAUCUGAUGAAUAUGCGUCAUCCCCGCCCAUAGAAAAAGAAGACAAGUCCGAAGGAAUUGUAGAUCCUAAGUUGGCUGAAGCGGAAAAGUCGUUAAAUUCUGACGACAUUUACGAGUUCAAGGAACCAGAGCCAUUUGAGUUUGAAAGAUCCAAAUUAGUGGAAGAAAAGAACGUUAAGAAGCGUCUGCCUAGGCUUUUCGAAGAACUGGAAAAUUCAUCAAAAGCCAAGCUCAUUAAGUCCAGUACAGAUAAAUCUGAAGAAGGACACAUGGAGAAGAGGACUUACAGCAGGAUUCCCAUAAGGGAAAUCUUGGCAGAUUCAGAAGAUGAGGAGGAGGAGGAGAAGGAGGAAAUUGAAGUGGAGCAAAAUGUUGGUGCAAUUGAUGUUCCUAAGGAGGUGGAUCCCUUCGAUAAGUUGGUGGAGUCGCCCAGUUUUAAUUUAAUCAAGUGCAGCCCCGAAAAAUCGACCGACAAUAAACCUGUAAAUGCGACUCAAAAUGUGUUGCAAGAACCACUAAGCUUAUUCAGAGAAUUGCCUGAAGUGGCGGACGAGUACAGCAGAGAUAUGGAGCUUUCCGAUUGCGAGUCCCAAACCCAGAUAUUUACCAGAUCAGAAAAUUUAUUCACGUCGAACUUUUCGAAGCCGUCACCUGACAGAAACACUCUUGACAUGGAGUUUUCCAGCGGGAAAACGGACGAAGGGAAGACCAUGAAUAGCGACGAAGACGAUAUGCUGCAAGCCCAGAUACAGAGAGUAAUAGCUCAGAGUUCAUCGACAGACGAUGACAGUUGUGAUACGUUGCUUGCGACGCCAUUGAUGUACCAAAUUAAACCCGAAGAAGAGGCGAAAACGUUAUCGAUACUAGGCAUUUCCGCUUCGAGUCCCGUCAUCGACGGUCCAAGUGAGCUAAAAGAGGAGAUGUUGGUCGAAAGUUCUGAUGACACCCAACUAGAGAUGGAACCUGAACCAGCUGAAGAAAAGGACACCAAUUUUGCUGCAAAACUAAUUUCUCCAGCCUUACAGGAGACGGACAGCUCGUUAUUGGAAUCGAUAGUAUCCAAACCACCGAUGAUCCUAGACCCAAAAGUGGACGACACUGGAAAGGAGCUUACUGUCAAAACUGGUACGAAAAUCGCCGAUUCAAUUCUGCAGAAGUUCAGCUUCAUCAAAAACAAUAUCGAGACCAAGAGCUUCGUCAAAACGGAUCCUCCGGACACAUUUAAUUGCGACAUUAACGCGGAUAUUAAAAUCGAGCGGGGGAAAAACGAAACCACUCUAAAGGUGGAGGAAGUGAAAAUUGAGACAGAAAAGACGGAAACCAACAAAGAGGAGGAAAAUAGUGCUUCUUUGGAGACAAAAGUUGUAACCGAAGAAUCGAAAACGUCAGCAAUAGAGACAAAACCUCGAAAGAGCAAACGAAUUCCCAGCAAAACUUUCGAUGAAGAUUUUAACAGUGACAGUAGCGAUUCUGAGCAGCUUAUAAUAGUGAGAUCGGAUGACGAGUCCCAUACGGAAUUUUCCCUCAAGCCCUUAUUGGACUCGAAAGAUAACGACAUCAGUAAUGUGUCGUUACCAAAAAGAACCGACGAGGAGAUUGAAUCCCAAUCGGAAGAGAGGAAUUUCAAAUUUGAUAGUAUUCAGGACGAGGACUGCGACAUGGAAAUCGAAGACCCGAUUGAGCCUCAAGUUCUGUCUAAAGAAGUUGUGAUCGAAAGUGAGAAACCCGGCGAAGAAGACCAGCAGGAGUCGAACCUGCAUUCUCUUUUAUUUUGCGAAGAGGAAAUACCCCGAAGUCCAGCACCGGUGCCCGAAUUUGUUGGAAAGAACGACGUUCAGAGUAGUUCAUCGGUUCACGAAAUUCCGUUUGCCAGUGCCCCAGGUAUGAGCAACAGCAAAAUGUUGUUGGAGCAAAAGAGGAUAUCGCCUGCUCCUUCUACCCCGGUCGCAGACAAUGAACGAAGAGGCAACAAUGUCCAGGCAGUUAUUGAUAAUACCCCGCCUACCACUCCAGAGACUACCGUCAGCAACUUGUCGCCUAGAGAUGAGCCCGAUGACAUUUCACCAAACACAAAUGAUAGCGGAAAAUCUGUCGACUGCGAAUCGGAAUUUCCCGCGACUCACUCUAGAACCUCAUUGGUCAAACUGUCACCUUAUAGUGAAGAAGAUACACAGAUGACACUCGAUUACACCAUCACGAAAAGACCGUCUGACCCUUGCGGUCCGCCGCUAGGCUGCCGAAAGAGAAGGCGUUCCUUGCGCACCUCCGAAGACACUCAGAUGCCCCCGGCAUGCGGAGCGAAACGCGGCCGGAAGCCGCUGACCAGACAUCGACGAGAUAGCGACAGUGACGAUGCGUCUGAACAUUCGGCCGGAGGAAGCGUAGGUGGCACAACUCCCGGAAGCACCACUUCCGUUUAUGAUAGGUCAUCCAGAUCGCCGAGACCCUCCAAGUAUAAUUUCUUUGUGGAAUUCGAUCCCAGUUUAGACAGCACCCAGAGAAUAGCCGUACUACAGCAAAAGCUGUCCGAGUUGCGGAAAACCUAUGCCGACGUAAAGACGGAACUCGCGGCCGUAGAAAGGCGGAGAAAGAAAAUCAGAAGGCGUGAGAGAGAAGCACUCAAAACUGCUAAGCAGGAAAUGGCUUGCGCGUGACAAAAGGACUAAACUAACAGUGUUUUCUCCAAAAGAUAAUGGUUUAGGUUUAAUUUAUAAAAAAUAAGAUAAGUGACUUGAAAAGUUGAUUUAAUUUGCUAGUUAAGUUUCAUGAUGGUUCGCGAUAUAUUGGUAACUGUACAAUAGGUUUGUGGGGAAAUCAAGUGAUCGCCAGGUAAAACGUGUGCAAUAUUUAACAUAGUGUGGAGUGUGUAGCGCCUCUGAAAAAAUUUUGAAAAAAAAAAAUUGCUAUACAGAGAUUUUAAAUGAAUGGAAGCGAGAUGGAAAAUGUUACUGUAUUGCCAAGUCUAAAAUUUUUCUGUGUGUAUUGAACCACAGAUUAAAAUAUACUUCAGAGGUGCGUUUGUUUAAUUUUUAUACUUUUUGAUAAAUAUCCAAUUUUGCAAAUGAGGAAGCAUUACAUCAUUUUUGACCAGGACGCAUUGAAUGAGAUGAUUUUUGAUUCUCUACCUUUCUAAUCGCAAAAGCAACUUUUACUCCUCCAACAUGGCGGUAUUAAAUUUGACGUCCGUAUAUGCAUGCCAUCAUUUCCUUUUUAAAAAACAGUCCCGCAUUUUUAUGAUAGUGCAAAAGAUUAUCGUUUUUAGAAAGAAAAGAAGAACUGAAGGAGAAAAUAGGUCUAUAUUAAAAAAAUCGAAGCUGAUGAUGGUUUCUCGGAAACGUAAAAAAUGAUAAAUGUGUUAAUCUUCUUCGAUGGAAAUGGGAAAAACCCGCCUUUUAUUUUUUUUCAACACACUGUAUAUUAAAAAUUGAUCUAUCAAUUAUAUAUAUAUAUAUAUAUAUAUAUAUAUAUAUAUAUAUAUAUAUAUAUAUAUAUAUAUAUAUAUAUAUAUAUAGAAAGGGUGGGAUUUUUACAUAUCUUAAGUGCAGUUCUUCUACGUGGAUUUAGUGCUUCCUCAAUCUAGUACAAAUUUAUUUUAUAUCAUUUAUACUCUCAGAUUUUGUUUUUCAAACGUUAUUUCUACAAUAAUAUUCCACUAUAGUUGUCUAAACUUGUAAUUUUAAUUUUAUCACCAAUUUUUAAAAAUAAAGUAAUUUGAUUUUUCCCCAUCUCAGUUUCUUCAAGACCCACUUGAUUUCUAUGUUCGGUCAAAUAUAUUUGUAAUUUUUUAUUGAUUAUCAUGGAUUUGCGAAUACAUAUUGUAGUAAUAUUUGUACAUUCGAAAAAUUAUUUACUGAAAAUAUUUAUUUUUAUGCUGUACAUAAUAUUUUCUUUUAAGAAUUGAAUAAAAGCUAAAAUUAGAUCAAA